AUGGAGAAACCGUCUGAGGGGAAGAGUUCGCUUUCUGAAGGUAAAUUGAUCGCAUUUGACAAACUCAAUGUCAAAAUGGAUCCGGAAGAUGAAAUGUACUUGUUUGAAGUAGACGUUCUUCUUCCUCCUCCAUCUGAAGCUGAAUUCAAUUGUACAUUCAAAUGUUCUUUCUCCUGUUGCCGAGAUGGUGACCAUGGACAUGGUGCAAUUGAAAAUGAUGAGAUGCUUGAAUCGUUUUUGAAUCAUCCUCCAUUGGAAGUUAUGCCAAAUCCAAUCACCAUGGCAAACAUCCAACAACAUCAGCUCCAAGAUGUUGCACUCAUUCAAAAAUCACAAAAUGCAGCAACUUGGGCUCAAAGAUUCUAUGCUCCUGCGUUGAAAAGCAAAGUCGAAUCUCUCAAUUGUGAAGUUUGUCAAGUGAACAAAAAUGUGAACAUCCACUACGGACAUGUGCCCGAAAGACACGCAGAUUUGGUCCCGUGGUUUUCAGUGGCUUUGGAUUUGAUUGGGCCUUGGAAGAUCAAGGUCAACGGUAUAGAAAUUGAAUUCAAUGCGCUCACGUGUAUUGAUCCCGUCACAAAUCUCACUGAACUUGCACAUAUCGAGAACAAACCAUCAGCACACGUUACGAAUGUGUUUGAAAAUCUCUGGCUUUCUCGAUACCUGAAACCGUUCAAGUGUAUUCAUGAUCAAGGAGGAGGAUUCAUUGGUCAUGAUUUUCAGUUGAAACUACAAAAGUGGGGAAUUCACGAUGCAUCCGCAACAAGCAAGAAUCCAACUGCUAAUGCUAUCUGUGAACGAAUGCAUCAGACUGUUGGCAACAUCCUACAAACAAGAUUCAACAACAACAACAUGGCUCCCAAUGUUCAGACAGCUACUCGAGCAGUUGACGAUGCCCUUGCUGCCUGCAAUCAUGCCAGGAGAUGUUAUGUUUCUCAAUCUUUGAAGAACAACACCCCAGAAAUCAUCAAGCUGAAUAUACGGCGUCUUGUGCCGUUUCGUCGAGUCUAA